AUGUCCAGGAAUCCAGAUUUCGAGCUCCUUAGACCUGUGGCUACAUCUCCGCCGCGCCCCCGUCACCAGGUGCGACGAUCGAUAACCGACCUCUCCUCGCCAAUCAAGCUGCCCCGAUAUCACCACUUGCAUCAUCUACGAAAAGACCGCGACCAUGGCGACCGCGCCUCCUCGCCCGCCGGCUCGGCUCUCCGCCUCUCUCGGGCCUCUCUCGACCUGCCGCGACCCGAAGCUUCGACCUCGCACCUGAACAGCGAACCCAGCCCCAGAACCAGCAUGUUGGCCCCGCCCCCCGAAGACGCUGCACGUGGCCUCGUCAUUCCUCCUACCCCUCAGCCGCUGACGAGCGAGGAGGCGCUGCUGCUACGCGAGCGACAGGAGGGAGCGGAAUCCAUAACAGCAUGUCUACGGAGGUCACUCGUGGAGCUCAGCUCCUCUUCGAACGCGGCCAUGACGCGCCUCGACGAUACGUAUUACGCUGUCCUCGAGAAGCUCGGCGUGCUCCAGAGCACACUGAUGGACCUCAAAAAGCUUGCGGGGGUGUCGCAGGGGUUGAACGAUAGCCUCCGAGAAGAAUCCCGAGGAUUGAUUAGCGAGCUGGAGCAACAGGCCAGCGCCUUUGGCCAGUUCGACGAUCAGCAGACGCGCAUCAAAGAGCUCCAGGGGCGCAUACACGCCGGCCGCGAGAAGGUUGACGCCCUCAGCAAACGGGUGCACGUGGUGCGGGAACGGAUCGAAGGCUGGGAGAGGGCAGACAAGGAGUGGCAGGAGAGGACUCGGAGGCGUCUGAAGGCUACCUGGAUCGCCAUAUCCAUCAUGUUCUUCUCGGUCAUGAUCCUCCUCAUCGGAGCCCAGUACGCCCCUUCGUCUGAGGAUGCACCCGCGCUUAUAGACAUGGCCCCGACCCAUCACCUCGGAAGGCUCGACGACAACGAAAUAGCAGGAAAUCAGAGCGAGCGCGUCGCUGCCGCAAUCGCCAGGGGCGAGGCGGGGACGGCCACCGGGAGAGGUGGCGACAAACCCGUCGACAACAAUGUGCUCCGAGUUCUCGACGAACUGUAA